GAAUUUAUGACCCUGAGAUCAAGACCUGAGCUAAGAGUGGAAUGCUUAACUGACGAGCCACUCAGGUGCCUUGCAAAUAUUUUUAUAUUGGCUACAAAUGAGACUUAUACUUUGUACUUCCAUCAUGAUCAGUAUUCUUUUUUGACAUCCCUUCUGGGUGAGUUUAUUAAUUUUCUUUGUUAGAUUUACGUGUAGCAGUAUGGAGCAAUGUGGCAAUUCUAGCAGGGAAAUAAACAAGCAUAUUUUGAGAAAAAGUAGUAUUUGAAGGAAGAAGAAAAUAAGUUCCUAUUAUUCCUUAAUAUUUAUGUACAUGUAAUUUAAAAGACUUCAGUUCACACUUCAGUUAAAAGAUUUCCUCUGAGUGUGUGUGUGUGUGUGUGCGCGCGUGUGUUUGAGAGAGAGAGUGAGAGUCUUACUAUGUAAUGAAGAGGAGGGGAAAAGUGAUUAACUUAUUAGGUGGUGUAGGCCAGAUUGGUUAAUAUUUUAAAAUUGUGAAUUUUUUUAACCUUUCAGUAAAUUUGUACAAGAUAUAGUGAUCAUUAUUGAAGACUGAGUUUUCGCAAUGAUGAUAGUGCUAAAGGAUGUUAAUCAAAAUAUUAGAAUUUAAAUCUAGUUUUUAGGCCAGUAUUCCCUCGCUGAUCUAUCACUGUAACUGAUAUUAUUUAUUUCUAUAUCACUUCAGCCCUCCCAUAUCAUGGUCACUCUUGGGGCUUUCCUUUGACUUCUAACUUAAGCCAAGUUACUUUGCUAAGGUUUGUUUCUAAUAAUGUUAUUCUCUUUUAAUUUCACUAAAUUAUUGUAUCUUCAUGUACUCUCUUCUGAGGUAUAAUCUUCCUACCAUCUCCACAAAUAAUUCCUCAUCCUUCAGCACCAGUUUUUACCAAUGGCUGUGGAACUCACUCUCUUUGCUUGUCUUCAUCUCAGAUUUGGACUGAGCAACAAAUUUGAAUCAGAAUUCCCUUCUUCAUUAACUGGAAAAGUAGCUCCCGAAGAAUUUAAAGCCAGCAUCAACAGAGUUAACAGUUGUCUUAAGAAGAACCUUCCUGUUAAUGUACGUUGGCUACUUUGUGGCUGCCUUUGUUGCUGCUGCACAUUAGGUUGCAGUAUGUGGCCAGUUAUUUGCCUCAGUAAAAGAACACGAAGAUCGAUUGAGAAGUUAUUAGAAUGGGAAAACAAUAGGUUAUACCACAAGCUGUGCUUGCACUGGAGACUGAGCAAAAGGAAAUGUGAAACGAAUAACAUGAUGGAAUAUGUCAUCCUCAUAGAAUUUUUACCAAAGACACCGAUUUUUCGACCAGAUUAGCAUUUACUUUAUUUAUAGAGACUUUCCAAGUAUGUUGUCUUUCCAAUGGUGCCUUGCUUGGUGCUCUCCUGGUGGUGACAUAACAUUGGUUCUACAGAAUCGUGUGGUGUUUUUUUCUGUUGUUUUUUUUUUUGUUUUUGUUUUUGUUUUUUUUUAAAUAACCGCAUGUUCUAAGUGUGCAUUUUUGUCAAACUUUGCAAGUUAUUUCAUACAAAUGUUUAAUACUUAAGUUAUUGUGCUCUUUUCUGUUAUGUAUUCUGAUUUUCAAGGAUUACUUUUUUGUAUUAUCGAAAAAAUACAUUUGAAAUUAGCAUAAAAAGUGGCCAGCCUUUUUUAUUUUAUCACCAAGGUACACACAGUCUUUUAUUUAUUAAUGCCAUAAUAUAGAAGAACACUUUUGUAAGGCUCUACUUACCUAUUCUAGCAAGCACA